AUGUCAGGUGGUCUACGAACGAAAAAGCAGCAUUCACUCCCAGCGGCUUACUACCGCGGAGGCACAUCUCGCGCCGUCUUCUUCAAGGAAGAGGAUCUCCCACAGGCCCGCUCAGAAUGGGAUGUCAUAUUUCGUGGAGUUAUUGGCAGCCCGGAUCCCUAUGGUCGCCAACUUGAUGGCCUUGGAGGUGGUAUCUCUAGCCUCUCCAAGGUGUGCGUCAUAGGAAAACCGACGCGCCCGGAUGCCGAUGUCGACUACACUUUCAUUUCUCUUGGCGUAAGGAACACAGAUGUGGACUAUUCCAGCAACUGUGGUAACAUGAGCAGUGCCGUUGGCCCCUUUGCUGUUGAUUCUGGGCUAUAUGCGCUUAAGGAACCUGACAAUGCUGUUGUUCGCAUCCACAAUACCAAUACAGGAAAAGUGAUUCACUCAUCCUUUCCCGUUGUUGAUGGUGAGGCUGCAUCAAGUGGAGACUUCGCUAUCGAUGGGGUAGCAGGACAUGCUGCUCGCGUUCAACUUGACUUCCUUAGCCCCGCGGGAUCAGUAACCGGGAAGUUACUACCUACCGGCAAUACAGUCGAUACCUUUGAUGGGAUUGAGGUAACUUGUAUCGAUGCGGCAAAUCCCUGUGUAUUUGUCCGUGCUAUUGAUCUGGGGAUCCCAACAAAUCUCACUCCGGAUGAGAUCAACGCGGACUCGGUUCUCCUGGAGAAGCUGAACUCGAUCCGCCGACAGGCUGGGGUUAAGAUGGGCAUUGCGGAGACAAGAUCUGAUGUGCCCGGAAGUAUCCCAAAGAUUUGCAUGGUCGCUUCUCCUUCUGCUUCAGAUAAACGUGACGUAGAGCAGAAGCAAACUUCUUCCGAUGUCGAUCUGCUCGCUCGUGCUCUUUCAGUGGGCCAGCCGCAUAAGGCCGUCCCGAUUACAGUGGCUUUAGCUUUGGUGGCUGCUGCUCACCUUCCUGGCACUACCGUCUCGGAUGUCGCCAGUGACAGUCGAGUCGACCCUGCUGGUCUCACUAUUGGCCAUGCUAGUGGGAAUAUCUUGGUUGGAGCGAAAUUCGAUGCAGACGGUGGCCUAGCUUCUGGGACUGUCUUUCGGACAGCACGUCGUCUGUUCGAAGGAAAGAUUUUCUGGAAGAACGAAUAA